GAGCGGUGUUGCGCAAAAUGGGCUCUCCGGCCGCGGAUCUGCGCAGAAGCGUUCCGUGCGUGCGGGUGCCUGGAAACACGUGGGGCCCGAACGCUUUUCCGGUUUGACCGGCAGCAGCCCAAGUUGAAGCUCGAGCAACAGAAGGGGACCAUGGCCAACUGUGAGCGCACCUUCAUUGCCAUCAAGCCCGAUGGGGUCCAGCGGGGUCUUGUGGGAGAGAUUAUCAAACGUUUUGAGCAGAAGGGAUUCCGCCUUGUUAGUCUGAAAUUUAUGCAGGCUUCCGAAGACCUGCUCAAAGAACACUACGUUGACCUGAAGGACCGUCCAUUCUUCGCUGGCCUGGUGAAGUACAUGCGCUCAGGGCCAGUGGUUGCCAUGGUCUGGGAGGGGCUGAAUGUGGUGAAGACAGGCAGAGUCAUGCUCGGAGAGACCAACCCUGCGGACUCCAAGCCUGGGACCAUCCGUGGGGACUUUUGCAUCCAAGUUAGCAGGAACAUUAUUCAUGGCAGUGAUUCUGUGGAGAGUGCAGAGAAAGAGAUCCGUUUGUGGUUUCGCCCUGAGGAACUGGUGGAUUACAAGAGCUGUGCUCAGGACUGGAUCUAUGAAUGACAGGAGGGCAGACCACAUGCUUCUCCCAUCCAUCUCCCCUCCUUCCCAUGGGCACUGCCCAGGCUGUAGCAAACCGAGUUAUUUAUGGAAACUUCCUUAUAAUUUGGAGGGGAACUCCUGGAACUGUGAGUGCUCCCUAUACAGUGUUAUGUGCUAUCAUCAGAUUAAAAUGUUUUAUCUCA